CUGCGUGGGUUCGGAGCUCAUUAAUCUCUCCAGCUCUCUGGAUCCCCCGACCCUUCGCCGUCAUCGACCUCCUUGUACCUGGCGAGGUGGAGACGUCCACCUCCCUCGGGUUUGAGAAGGUGAAUCAACAUGAUGGAUUUCUCUAAGCUACCGAAAAUACUUGAUGAAGACAAUGAAAGUGCAUUUGGUUAUGUGCAUGGGGUCUCAGGACCUGUGGUUACAGCCUGUAACAUGGCAGGUGCAGCCAUGUAUGAGCUAGUGAGAGUGGGCCACAGUGAGUUGGUUGGAGAGAUUAUUCGACUGGAAGGUGACAUGGCUACUAUUCAAGUGUAUGAAGAAACAUCUGGUGUGUCUGUUGGAGAUCCUGUACUCCGCACUGGUAAACCUCUGUCAGUAGAGCUUGGUCCUGGAAUUAUGGGAGCCAUUUUUGAUGGUAUUCAAAGACCUUUGUCGGAUAUCAGUAGUCAGACCCAAAGUAUCUACAUUCCUAGAGGAGUAAAUGUUUCUGCUCUUAGCAGAGAUAUCAAAUGGGAAUUUACACCCAGCAAGAAUCUACGGGUUGGAAGUCAUAUCACUGGUGGAGAUAUUUAUGGAUUUGUUGAUGAGAACUCACUUAUCAAACACAAAAUUAUGUUACCUCCAAGAAACAGAGGAACUGUCACGUACAUUGCUCCAGCUGGGCAUUAUGAUGCCUCUGAUGUUGUCUUGGAGCUUGAGUUUGAAGAUGUGAAGGAGAAGUUCAGUAUGGUCCAAGUAUGGCCUGUCCGUCAGGUUCGGCCUGUCACUGAGAAGCUGCCGGCCAAUCAUCCUUUGCUGACUGGCCAGAGAGUCCUUGAUGCCCUUUUCCCGUGUGUACAGGGAGGAACUACUGCAAUCCCUGGGGCUUUUGGCUGUGGAAAGACAGUGAUAUCACAGUCUUUGUCCAAGUAUUCCAAUAGCGAUGUGAUCAUUUAUGUAGGAUGUGGUGAAAGAGGAAAUGAGAUGUCUGAAGUUCUCCGGGACUUCCCAGAGCUCACUAUGGAAGUUGAUGGGAAGGUGGAGUCCAUCAUGAAAAGGACAGCAUUGGUGGCUAAUACCUCCAACAUGCCUGUUGCUGCUAGAGAAGCCUCUAUUUAUACUGGAAUUACACUAUCAGAAUAUUUCCGUGACAUGGGCUACCACGUCAGUAUGAUGGCUGACUCUACCUCUAGAUGGGCUGAGGCCCUUAGAGAAAUCUCUGGUCGCCUAGCUGAAAUGCCUGCAGACAGUGGCUAUCCUGCAUAUCUUGGUGCCCGGUUGGCCUCUUUUUAUGAACGAGCAGGCAGAGUGAAAUGUCUUGGAAAUCCUGAGAGAGAAGGGAGUGUCAGCAUUGUAGGAGCAGUUUCUCCACCUGGUGGUGAUUUUUCAGAUCCGGUAACAUCUGCUACUCUUGGUAUUGUUCAGGUAUUCUGGGGCUUAGAUAAGAAACUAGCUCAGCGUAAGCAUUUCCCCUCUGUCAAUUGGCUCAUCAGCUACAGCAAAUACAUGCGUGCCUUGGAUGAGUACUACGACAAACACUUCACAGAGUUUGUUCCUCUCAGGACCAAAGCAAAGGAAAUUCUGCAGGAAGAAGAAGACCUGGCAGAAAUUGUACAGCUUGUGGGAAAGGCUUCCUUAGCAGAAACAGAUAAAAUCACCUUGGAGGUAGCAAAACUUAUCAAAGAUGACUUUCUACAACAAAAUGGAUAUACACCCUAUGACAGGUUCUGCCCAUUCUAUAAGACGGUAGGGAUGCUGUCCAACAUGAUUGCAUUUUAUGAUAUGGCCCGAAGAGCUGUUGAAACCACUGCCCAGAGUGACAACAAAAUCACAUGGUCCAUUAUCCGUGAGCACAUGGGAGAGAUCCUCUAUAAACUUUCCUCCAUGAAAUUCAAGGAUCCAGUGAAAGAUGGAGAGAUGAAGAUCAAGAGUGACUAUUCACAACUUCUUGAAGACAUGCAGAAUGCAUUCCGUAGCCUGGAAGAUUAGAACUGUGAUGAUUUCUUUCCUCUUCUUCCUCAGCAAGUUCAUACGUGUAUAUUUUCCUAAAUUCCUCAGCUCAAGCCCUUGGCUUCUUUUUUGUGCAGCUUUGAGAUUAGUGCCUGUGUAUGUUACAAGUUGUUUUGCUGUUUAUUUGGCAAGUCUGAUAUAAAACAAACAUUCCUUUGUUCCAAUGUUUGAGGGGCUCCCUGAUCCCUUAUCUGAAGUGGUGAACGUAGUAAAUAUGACGUACAAUAGCUACAUACUGUAAACUUGUUUGUAUAGUGACAACCUUCCUUCUCCUAGAUGUGCCCUUUUCUUCAUCUCCAUUAAAUUAUAAACAGAACCUAC